UGUAUGCCACUGGGCCUCUUAUACCUUGCGUGCACUAUGUGUGCGAACGCACUCCUUCUGCUUAUUUUCCUAUGACAAUAUUGUGGUUGUAUUGUAUUGAAAUUGAAAUAUGAAAUUGUAUCGUGUCUUAUAAAGACAUGCACAUCAUGUUCAACUCGGCAUUACUGCGCAUGCCCACUAACGAUCGAACCAACGAACAUGCCCUCGAAAGCUAUCUCAAACGUGUUCCCUCUCCUACCCACAACGUAUAUAUAGUGGAGCAAAUAAAGCAACGGCGUUCUGUGUUGACUGACACUUGGCUCGAUCGCAUUCUUUACGUGAACAACACGAAACAUGGUGUCAGAAGUGCGCCGCCACCCGUGAUGGAAUUCUUAAAGCCUCCUGAACCGUUACGCCUGAGUGGCGACAUUGCCAAACAAUGGAAGCUUUUUAAGCAAAAAUUCGAGCUUUUCCUAGCAGCCUCGGUGCCAAGAGACAAGCCUCGGGAUGAUAGCACGAAGACUGCCCUACUGCUCAGUUUGGGAGGUGAAGAUGUGUUGGAAAUCUACAACAACUUCACUUUCACUGAAGACGCCGAAAGAAUGGACUAUGCGACCGUCAUCAAGAAAUUCGAUGAGUACUGCGCAGCGCAGGUGAAUGAAAUACAUGAGCGGUACCUAUUUCGAAGACGAGUCCAAGCAGAAGGUGAGCCCUUUGAACCAUUCGCAAGGGACCUGAGGCACCUGGCGAAAUCGUGCAACUUCGGCGUAAUGGAAAAUUCAAUGAUCCGUGACCAAAUUGUAUUUGGAACGAGCGACGACAAAGUGCGCCAGAAGCUGCUAAGAGACAAGGAAUUGACACUGACGAAAGCUGAGCAGGUGUGCAAAUCCGCCGAGUUGUCAGAUGCACAAAAUCAACUUUGGGCACGGGAACAGCGCCAAGUUGACCAUAUCCAAGCAAGGCCAAAGGAAACUGUUGCAUCCCCAGUAUUUAAAUGCAGUAGGUGUGGUCGGGAGCACGGCUUGAGGAAUUGUCCGGCGUUUGGACGCACCUGUAGACGAUGCGGAGGCAAGAACCAUUUUGCGGUGCAAUGCAAGAGCAACAGGCAAGUGGCAGAAGUCAACGCCGACGAAGACUUCACGAUUCUCAACGUAUCGGUAGAUACUGUCAAAAGCCAUCGUGACUGGGUAGUAGAAGCACUAGUCGGCAGCAAGCGCAUCAACUUGAAAGUGGACACCGGCGCACAAGCGAACCUUCUGCCGUAUGGUAUGUACCGCGCAUUACAGCCCGCGGCACAAAUAAGAGAAAGUAAUGCAGUGCUACGCUCCUAUAGGGGAGGAAUCAUCAAGCACUUCGGGGUAGCCAGAUUGAAGGUCACAGUUGGCAAGACGGCGACUGAAGUCGACUUCUUCCUUGUAAAGAAGGGGCGCGCGAUUAUUGGUCUCGAAGCAAGCGAGCGCCUGGGGCUCUUCGUCAGGUCGGUUGAUGCAAUGACGACAAAGGGAACUACAGAGUUCAUGCAGGAAUACAACGACGUCUUCACCGGCACCGGAUGCCUUCAGCGGCUGCACAAAAUGGUGUUGCGACAAGACGCCGUACCUACGGUCCAGAUGGCUAGACGAGUACCCCUGGCGCUGCUGAAACCACUGCGGGCUGAACUCGACCGGAUGCUCAAGGCAGGCAUCAUUGCCAAGGUGGAAGAGCCAACAGACUGGGAAAGCAGUUCGUGCUGCCAGACCUGCUGUCGCGUGCCUCUGUAGGAAAACCGCAAAAGGAUGAAGCAGAAGAAGACAUCGAGAUUCACGCCGUAGGUGUUGUAUCGUCACUUGUAAGCGAUGCCACGUUAGAGCGCCUAUCAAAAGAAACGCGAAAUGACAGCUACUUGCAUAGUGUCGUCACGUGCCUUCAGAAGAACCAACCUGUGCAGGGACGGCUUAAGCAUUUCGAAAGUGAACUGUCAGCCGUAAGCGGGGUGCUACUAAAAGGGUGCAAGGUCGUGGUGCCAACCAGCAUGCGCCAAGAGAUGUUAAGAAGAAUCCAUGAAGGCCACAUGGGACUAAAUAAGUGCAAAGAACGUGCGCGUCGUUUGGUUUUCUGGCCCGGUAUGAACACUGAUGUCGAAAAUGUGAUUAAAAAAUGCUCAGUAUGCCAGAAGCACGCUUACAAGCAACACAGCGAACCCUUUCUUAUCCGCCCAGUGCCUGCGCAUCCCUGGUGUAGGAUUGGUGUUGACAUCUUCCAGUACGCUGGAAAAUCGUAUCUUUGUGCGUAUGAUGCGUUGUCUAAUUUUCCCGAGGUUGAGCAGUUGCAGGACACGUCAGCAGCCGGUGUGAUUGAUAAACUAAGCGCAAUAUUUGCUAGACACGGCAUACCAAAAGAAGUGUGCACUGACAACGGACCGCAAUUCUCCAGCCGCGAGUUUCUGCUCUUUUCAGAAAGAUAUGAUUUCAAGCAUGUCACUUCAAGCCCGCGGUUUCCACGCUCAAAUGGCUUGGCCGAGAAAGGGGUUCAGGUGGUAAAAAGAAUCCUUAAAAAGACAACCGAAGGAAGAGAGGACUUCUGGCUCGGAUUGCUCAGCUACAGGUCAUGUCCGCUGGAAGACGGCAGAUCGCCGGGUGAACUGCUAUUUGGUCGACGGCUUCGAACGCCAUUGCCGGAUUUUACGGAAGUACCCAGCACGUCCGUGAGGAAGCAUCGACAGACGGAACAGCCGAGACGCUCCCUGGCUCCUUUACGGAAAGGACAAGUCGUGCGAGUGCGCGGAGACCGAUGGGAUACCAAAGCCAGAGUGAUGCGAGCGGAGCAACCAAGGUCCUACCGAGUAGAGACAGAAGACGGCAAAAUUCUACGUCGGAACCGGCAGCACCUUCUUGCGACAGCCGAACCUUUCAGCAUGGAGUCAUCUACCGGAGAUUCCACGGACGACGAAAGCGACAACGACGGCAUUGUAAACGAACAUACGUCGUCAAACGGAGGUGCACCGGCGAUAUCAAAUGAGACAAGUCCGCUUUUGAGGAGAUCAACACGGCAAAGAAGACCGCCACAGCGCCUCCAAUACGACAGCAAUUUUAAGCAAUGUUCGUAACCCUUCGUAAUACCGUUCGAUAAUAUUUUCACUUUCGUGUUUUUACAGAAACGAGGAUGUAUCGUGUCUUAUAAAGACAUGCACAUCAUGUUCAACUCGGCAUUACUGCGCAUGCCCACUAACGAUCGAACCAACGAACAUGCCCUCGAAAGCUAUCUCAAACGUGUUCCCUCUCCUACCCACAACGUAUAUAUAGUGGAGCAAAUAAAGCAACGGCGUUCUGUGUUGACUGA